AUGAUCAAGCCGCUGGUGGAGUAUGAUGACAUCAGUUCGGAUUCGGAUACCUUCUCGGAUGAUGUGGCCCUCAAGCUGGACAGGAGGGAGAACGAGGAAAGGAAAGCGGACAGGAGCGAGAGGAUACAGAAGCACCGGCACCACCAGCACAAGCGCAUUCGUGAGCUGAUGAAGAGCAAACAGGCGGAAAAAGAGAGGAAGUUAGAAAAGAGCCUGGAGGCAUCCAGCAGGUCCGGGUCCACCAAGGAGAGAAUAUCGGGCUCCUCCAAGAGACUCCUUGAAAGCGAGGAGCAUCCGAAGUCACUGUCCUCAAAGAGUAGCAACAAGGAGUCUCGGUCAGCCAAAGCGCACAAGGAGAAAUCCAGGAAGGAUCGGGAGCUCAAGUCCAGCCACAAAGAGCGUAGUAAAAGCCAUCGGAAAAGGGAUGCUCCAAAAAGUUACAAAACAAUUGACAGUCCGAAGCGGAAAUCCCGAAGUCCUCACAGAAAAUGGUCUGACAGCCCUAAAUUGGACGACAGCCCCUCAGGAGCCUCCUACAUCCAGGAGUACGAUCUCAGCCCUCCCCGCUCUCACACAUCCAGUAACUAUGAUCCCUACAGGAAGAGCCCCGGCGGCUCCUCGCGCCGGCAGUCCAUCAGCCCGCCCUACAAGGAGCCCGUGGCUUACCAGUCGAACACUCGCUCUCCCAGCCCUUACAGCCGGCGGCAGAGGUCCAUAAGCCCCUACAACAGGAGACGCUCCUCGAGCUACGAGAGAGGCAGCGGGUCGUACAGCGGGAGGUCACCCAGCCCUUACAGCCGACGGCGCUCGAGCAGCCCUUUCGCCGCGAAGCGGUCUGUGAGCCGAAGCCCCAUCGCCAGGAAGUCUGUGAAGUCCCGAAGCCGAAGUCCUGGGUACUCAAGACACUCAUCAUCUCACAGUAAAAAGCAGAGGUCUGGGUCACGCAGUCGCCAUUCCAGUAUAUCACCGACAAGGCUACCGCUGAACUCCAGCCUGGGCGCAGAACUCCGCAGGAAGAAAAACUCAGGGGGAAAAAAAAGGAGGGAGGCAGCGGCAGCAGCUGCAGCCAAGGUGGAUGGGAAGGAGGCAAAGGGCUCUCCUGUUUUCCUGUCUAGGAAGGAGAACAGCUUAGCUGAACUUAAGGAGGCUGGAACAGAAUCUAAAAAAGUCAUCAAAACUGUUAAAUCUGAAAAAUCAUCUUCAGAUACAGAAUUAGUUAAUUUACUCUAUACAAAUGCUGAGACUAAAGCCCCUGCAGAGACAACAAAAAUCAAGGCAGAGGAGAACUCUGAGAGGAAACAUCCUGUUCCGGUUAGAGAUUCAAAACAGACGGGAACAAAAGACUUGAAGCCUGUAGCAGUGGUAGAGGACCUCCUAUCUCCAAAAGAGACAGACGCAGCAGAGAAGGAGAUUCCACCCCCACUACCCUCACUAAAAUCACCUCCUCCGCCCCUGCCGACAACCACACCACCACCUCCAACUCCGCCGUUGCCGCCUUUGCCUCCAUCACCUGCUGUUCCACCUUUGCCACCAUCCCAACUGACUCCCGUUCAGGUCCCUACUUCAGCCCCAACGUCUUUGCCAUCUUCUUCCCACCCAAGGACGUCUACUUUAUCCUCUCAGGUGAACUCUCAGUCCUCUGUCCAAGUCGCUACAAAAACACAAGUGUCUGUGACGGCUGCUAUCCCACACCUGAAAACGUCAACGUUGCCUCCGCUUCCGCUCCCCCCUAUUUUAGUUGGGGAAGAUGACUUGGAUAGUCCAAAAGAGAUUCUUCCUCCAAAACCUGUGAAGAAAGAUAGAGAGCAGAGACCACGACACUUACUCACGGACCUCCCGCUCCCUCCAGAGCUCCCUGGAGGGGAUCCAUCUCCUCCUGACUCCCCGGAACCAAAGGCAGCCACACCACCUCAGCAACCGUUCAAAAAGAGACCAAAAAUCUGUUGUCCUCGGUAUGGGGAAAGGAGACAGACAGAAAGCGACUGGGGGAAGCGUUGUGUGGACAAGUUUGAUAUCAUUGGGAUUAUCGGAGAAGGGACGUAUGGGCAGGUGUACAAAGCCAAGGACAAGGACACAGGUGAAUUGGUGGCUCUCAAGAAGGUGCGGCUGGACAAUGAAAAGGAAGGCUUCCCCAUCACGGCCAUCCGUGAGAUCAAAAUCCUUCGGCAGCUGAUCCACCGCAGUGUUGUUAACAUGAAGGAAAUUGUUACGGACAAACAAGAUGCACUGGAUUUCAAGAAGGACAAAGGUGCCUUUUACCUUGUGUUUGAGUACAUGGACCAUGACCUAAUGGGGCUGCUAGAAUCUGGCUUGGUACAUUUCUCAGAGGACCAUAUCAAGUCUUUCAUGAAACAGUUAAUGGAGGGUCUGGACUAUUGUCACAAAAAGAAUUUCCUUCAUCGAGAUAUUAAGUGCUCCAACAUCUUAUUGAACAACAGUGGGCAAAUCAAACUUGCAGAUUUUGGACUCGCCCGACUCUACAGCUCAGAGGAGAGCCGUCCAUACACAAAUAAAGUCAUUACGUUAUGGUAUCGACCUCCAGAAUUGCUGCUAGGUGAGGAGCGUUACACACCAGCCAUAGAUGUGUGGAGCUGUGGCUGUAUCCUCGGGGAACUGUUUACAAAGAAGCCUAUUUUUCAAGCCAAUCUGGAACUGGCUCAGCUUGAAUUAAUCAGCCGGCUCUGUGGGAGCCCCUGUCCAGCGGUGUGGCCAGAUGUCAUCAAGUUGCCCUACUUCAACACUAUGAAACCGAAGAAGCAAUACCGAAGGCGCCUGCGUGAGGAGUUCUCCUUCAUUCCUUCGUCUGCUCUCGACCUGCUGGACCACAUGCUGACGCUAGACCCUGGCAAGCGCUGCACAGCAGAACAGGCCCUGCAGAGUGACUUCCUUAAGGAUGUUGACCUCAGCAAAAUGGCACCUCCAGACCUUCCCCACUGGCAGGAUUGCCACGAGCUGUGGAGCAAGAAACGCCGACGGCAGCGGCAAAGUGGGAUUGCAGUGGAGGAGCCACCAUUAUCAAAAGUUUCUCGGAAAGAAACUACCUCUGUUACAAGCACAGACACUGUCAAAAACAACAGCAGUCCUGUGCACCCACAGCCUGCCCAGCUCAAAACAGAGUCUGGUGCUGGAGAUGCAGUAGGCCUUGGAGAGAUCACCCAGCAGCUGAAUCAGAGCGAACUAGCUGUGUUACUGAACUUGCUGCAGAGCCAGACUGAUCUGAGUGUCCCACAGAUGGCCCAGCUGUUGAAUGUACACUCUAACCCAGAGAUGCAGCAGCAGCUGGAGGCUCUCAACCAGUCCAUCAACGCUCUGACAGAAGCCACAACUCAGCAGCAGGAGUCUCAGGCAGCAGCAGCAGAGGAAGCCAUAGAAGAGCCACCUGCGGAGACCCAGCUACCAGAGGAGCAGGCGACUCCAGAAGCAGCCAGCGCUCAGGGAGAUAUGCAGAACGUGCUGGCCGUUCUGCUGAGUCAGCUGAUGAAGAGCCAGGAGCCUGUUAUAACCCUGGAGGAGAGCAACGGGGAGAAGAGCAGUGAGCAACGGGGGCCAAGGAAAACCCCUACAAUGCAUCCGGAGGAAAGUACAGCAACAUCCUGUGACGACCUCACCAAAUUCUAGAAGCGCCUCCUGAGUAUGUCUCAGACUCUCCAGGGAGCCUCUUUUGGCCCGAUACACAACUCCUCUGCAAUGUAGCUGAACGUGCUGUGUUCUCGUGCCUUCAACACACCCGCCCACCACAAGCCAGUUGUGAUCGUGCUUUUUUUUUUCUUUUUUUUUUUUUUUCUUUUUUGCCCUAGUACUGGAAGAUAACUAGGUUAUUGUAGAGCAGAUUCAAUCAAAUAACAUUGUUCUCUGUUUAUAAUUAUUUUAAAUGAUAUGCUGUCCCCAAAUCAGCUUGGCUUUAAAAUUUCCUGAAGAUUGUUUUCUGGAUUUAAAUACAAUCUAGUUUUAAAGUGGACUGACUGAUACGGGUGGAGGGGUGGUCCUGGAAGACUACUGGUUUUCACAAUAAAGUUUGACCUUUUUAAUAA